AUAGGCUCCAAUUUUUCGGGAAAUGAGUGCAAAUAUCCUUCGUCCGUUAAUUUAGUUCAUUUUCAAGUAGUCAGUUGCUUAUAUCCUCGGUCUAUUUUGUAGACAAAUGUCUAAUCAUGCAGAUAUUUGUAGUUCUUCAUAUGCAUUGCAAACUUCUCGGUUGUAAACAAUAAGCAAGUGUGGCGAGCAAGUGUCACUUGAUAUUAAAUUUUUCUAAAUAUAAGAGUCUUCUCGUAUUAUUUUUUAUUGUUUAAUUAUUGUCCAGUGCAAAAAUAAAAAUAUGACUGCUACAGAAACAGAGACUGUGAGUGAUUUAGUGCAGAAAAUGGUCAUUUCUGUUUGCGGAGAUCAAAAGCCAGACCUUGUAAGGAGACUCUUGAGAUUUUCUUUGGGAUUGCUUUCUUCUACUCAGGGAGUAGAAACUUUACGAGAAGACGAAACAACAGUCGCUUGUCAGAUAAGGGGAAAAUUAUCGGCACGAGAUGCUUCACAAUUCGAUAAACUGCACAACGAUCUAAAAGAUGGGCCUCUGAAGAAUCGCCUAAGUGUUAUGGUUUUCCUUCUUCAUUUGAGUCGGACAGGAGACCAAGUGAAGGAAAAAACUUUUACUUUUCCAGAAAUGAGAUUGGGUUUAAAUUUGCCAGUUGCAUCCACAAGUGGCCAUUCUGCUCAGUCCUCCUGCUCUCAAGGACAAAUCUUGCCAUUAGGAAACACAGAGUUACGCACUCUGUCUCUAAAUCCAAGUAGGAUUUUCAAUGACGAAUGCAUUUCUGAGGAUGUUUUAGUACAAGAUUUAAUUUAUUCUUUCCAAGGAAUCGAGGGAAAGGUUCUUAAACUCGAUUCCAAUUAUGGUUUUCAAAUCGACCCCCUCGCGAAAGUUAAUAGGUCCCACAAACAGGCACUUUUGAGGCUGAGUGAGUUGGGAUACUUGCACAAUGUUGUGAGAAGAGGUUUGGAACGAAUGGCUAAAAGUGGAUCUGGGAGAGUCGUUGAUAGUUUCGUCGCUACUCUUCACAAAGAAUUGUCAGAAUACUACCGAUUUAUCGCGAUAAUCCAGGAAGAAGUUAACAGAGGACACAUAUCGUUAGGACUAGAAGGCGUGACCCUUGCCCAUCUUCACCUCUGGGCUUACGAUCCCUUGCAAACCCUAAAACGACUCGCGAGUAUCGUUAACGUCUGUCAGAGUCAAAAGGGAGGUGCUUUGACUUCCGCUGUUUACGAAUUUAACCAUCACGGCGACACUGGGGUGAGAAAACUCGUGAAGAGGAUUUUGGAAAAUGUUUGCCAUCCUCUCUAUAGUAUGCUGAUGCGGUGGAUUACAGACGGAGAACUGGACGAUCCUUAUCAGGAAUUUUUUAUUGAAGCUCGCGCCGAUGUUGCUGGUGACAGAAUGUGGCAUGAAAAGUAUCAAGUCAGGAACGAGAUGGUUCCUUCCUUUAUCAGCAAAUCACAGGCUAAGAAGAUCCUGGGGACAGGAAAGAGUAUCAACUUUUUGAGGGAAGUUUGCAAGGACUUUGCUCCACUUCAGGGAAGGUAUAUGGAAGUUUUCAAUGAGGAUCACGAAAAAUAUAAUGUGGAAGCCUUCUUCGAUAUGGAUCCAGAUGGACAACUGCAAACAAUGAUGGAUGCGGCCUACAAAGAAACUUCUACGAGAGUCGUAGAAAUUUUGACAAAACAAUAUCAUCUCAUGGAUCAUUUGCAGGGAAUAAAGGGAUAUUUGCUACUCGGCCAAGGACAUUUCGUUCAACAUCUGAUGCAUUUAAUAGAACCUGAAUUGGCGAAACCGGCAAAUUCUCUCUAUCCACACAAUUUGUCAUCAAUUCUCGAAACAGCGCUUCGAGCAACAAGUACAAAAUUGGAAGAUGCUGACGUCCAAAGGCGACUUGAUGUUCGAUUGCUGACAUCAUCUGAAAAUGAAACCGGCUGGGAUGUUUUUGCUCUUGAUUACAAUGUCGACGAGCCAAUUGGAACGAUUUUAGAACCAUGUAGGCAAACAUACCAAACAGUUUUUUUCUUACUCUGGCGAGCUAAGCGAAUGGAAACGAUUUUAUCUGCAAUUUGGAAGGAACAAAUAACGUCUGCGAAAAUGUUUAGAAAAAUGCCAGAGGUUUUGCCAAUUCAAAAUCAUAUUCAUUUGAUCACAAGCAGCAUGGUGCACCUGGUGCAUCAGAUGCAAUAUUAUUUUCUUUUCGAAGUCAUCGAGUGCUCGUGGGACAUUUUUGCCAAACAAUUAAAACAAGCCUCGUCUCUCGAUGAUAUCAUCGUUGCUCACAAUCAUUUUGUCGAUUCUGUGAGGAGAGGGACUCUUCUGGAUGAAAACUCUCGUGAAUUAAGAGACCAUUUGCGAUCAGUAUACAGUCCAAUUCUUGACCUCCAGAAUCUGGAAGACACUUUCCUGACGAAAGCAACGCAGGAAUACGAAGCAAGGUUGAAAGCCGAAAAAAAAAUCUUGGAUACAAAUGAGCCGACAAGCAAAUGGGGACGAUCUCAAAGCACUGAUGCAGAAAAUAUAGAACGACAGAAUGCUUUCAAUAAAUUUCUCUCUACCCUCUCGAGACAAUUGAAAAUUCUCUCAGGGACCUAUCAAGAUAGAGUGAAAAAAUUCCUUCUGAUGUUGGCAUCGGCAGAAAACGUUUCUCUGCAACUUCUCAGCGUUCGAUUGGAUUUCAACGAAUACUACAAAAGCAAGGACAGUCGUUUAGUCGCUCCUCUCACGUAUCAGCAUCGAAGACAGAGCGAUCAAUCCUUCCUCUCCUGCAAGUGACAGUCGUCGCCCGAAAUCGGAAAAACUUUCGUAACCUAUCUCUAUAAGGAAAAUUUUCUUUCGCGCACUCGAGAAGAGAGUUUAAAUUUUUUUAUGGAAAGUUUGUCUUCCAUUCUCUCGAGACAGAAACUGCAGACCGAUGAUGAUCUCAAUUCUAAAAAUUCGCAAAAUGUUGACAAUUUAUUUUCCCUUUUUAAAAAGGAUUUUCCCGUUUUUGAGAAGAAAUUUCCCGGUUUUCCAAAGGAACCUCCAGUUGUUGAAAACGAUAGUUCCUGGCUUGAAAUUUCCCGAUUGCAUUUUUUACCUUUGAGUGAAAUUAAGGUAUCAAAAAACUUGUCCAGUGAUUGCGGGGAAAAUGAAACGGGAAAUUUGUCGAAUGAAUUAGGUAAAAACAAUCAGAAGGAAGUUCUCGAUUCAAAUUUCCCAGUUUUUGAAGGGAAGAAAUUGUUGUCUCGCUCGUCGUUUACGAGCGAUAAUUCAGAAAAAUAUUUGUGCGAGGACGCACAAAGUAUGAUAAAUAAUCAGAAAGAGAGAAAAAAGCGCAGAAUUGUUUUUUGUUGUGUGGGAUGAUUCUUGAAAUUAUUUUAUCGAAAUCUCUCUUUCGACCUGUUCACAAGCACAAUUUUCACUAUAAAAUUUAAUUCUAAGUUUCCUAGUUAUUUACAAUUUACGUAUUACAGUUUUAGUUAAAUUUAAAGUGCAUAAACCGCCGGUAGUACCAUCCGCAUUCCGUAAUUUCAUUUUCGAAUUAGUCUUAAUUUCAUAUUAUUCAUUAUAUCGAUCAUGAAAAAUUCAGUAUUUUGAGUAAGAUAUUUUCUACGUAAAAGCUGCCUGCUUCGCAGUUUUGCAAACUUUACUGUAAAUAAUGCACAUAAGGACACACAUUUUGAGAGUAUCGCCGAAAAAAAUUAAUUGUGAAUAAUCUCCUGCCAUCGUGUUCUUUUUUGUCAGUGGUAAAAAUUGUUUCUGAUUUGCCAUGUCUCUUACCUUACCUUGCCAUAUCUCGCGAAUUAAUGUGCAGAAUAUUUUUACUUGUUGCUUUCGUGCCAUACGAAUAAAAAUAAAGCAACGAUCUAAAA